UCAGAUUUGUAGAAUAUUAGAAAAACACCAGCAAUGAAUAUUAAUAAUGUUUUGUGUUUUCAUGAUCAACCCGGAGUACGACGACGCGGAUUGAUUCUGACUAAAGGUGGGAUGGAUACUCAACCCUCUGUAGAUUUGGUGGUGGAAGCCAUCAAAUCUUUAUACAACAACCCCAACCAUACACUUAAAGAGGAGGCGGGCAGGUGGUUGCAACAGUACCAGAACUCUGUAUAUGCUUGGACAGUAUCGGAUCAACUACUGCAACGUAAACUCGAUGUUGAAACUUGUUAUUUCGCUGCGCAGACUCUUAGAUCAAAAAUACAAUCAAACUUUAACGAGCUCCCAACAGAGGUUCAUGAAUCUUUAAGGAACUCUCUUCUUGAACAUCUCCGGGCUAUCACUGGAACCACAGAUACUGUUAUCCGAACCCAGCUAUGUCUGGCCAUGGCAGACUUGAUUCUUCUCAUGCCGGAGUGGAAGGAGGCAGUCCCGGAGCUCAUGCAGAAGCUGUCUGAGCCUAACCAGAUUCUCACCCUCCUCGAGGUCCUUAUGCUUCUACCGGAGGAGGUGGAUUCAAGACAUCUCCGUCUUGGAGCUAAUAGACGACAGGAAGUAAAAGAAGAUCUACAGAAAUCAUCGGCUGCGAUGUCCCAACUUCUCCAGUCCUGUCUGAACACUAGUACAGACAAUUCUCUCACACUCCAGAUUAUGGUUCUGAAGUGUUACAGCAGCUGGAUAAUACUAGGUGUAGUUCCAUUAAAUACAAUGCAUUCCAGUUCCGUUCUACACCUUGCAAUCAGAGUUCUCACCCAACACACCAGUACGCAGAAUAUACACGAGGCUGCGUCAGAUUGCGUCAUUAAUCUACUCUCACGAUUCGAAAAAGAGAGUGAACCCGGGUUAGAGCAGAGCAUGUACGAAACAAUAAUCCGUCUUGAGGAUCCCUAUCAACUAUCUGUAUCAGAGGAGGAUAUGGAGAAAUGUCUAAACUACUGUAGGAUAUUUACUGAACUCGGAGAAUCCUUCCUACUCCGGAUGGUUUCUGCUCCUCCCUCCUCUCCUCACUUCACUAUCCCUAUCCUGGAUACAGUUCUACUCUGCUGCUCCCAUCCUGAUUAUGAACUGCCAGAUGUUACCUUUAAUCUGUGGUACAGACUCUCAGAGGAAUUAUAUAGCAGGAAUGAUGACAGUCUGGUUACCGUGUUUAAACCCUAUAUUGAGAGGUUGAUUGUUUGCUUAUCCAGACACUGUCAGAUGGAACCAGACAUGGUUGGAUGUUUGAGUGAGGAUGAAGAUUUUGCCGAGUUCCGAACCCGAGUUUCUGAUCUCAUCAAGGACUGUAUAUUUAUUGUCGGCAGCAGCUCCGUGUUCCGACAGAUGUACUCCCAGCUUCAGCAGGCCCAGCAGUGGGAGCAGAUGGAGGCCUCCUUGUACGUGAUGCAGGCUGUGGCUAGAAAUAUAUUCCCUGAUGAGGAGGAGGUUGUGCCAGCAGUUCUACAUCAGGUUCUCGCCCUUCCUUUUACACUACACCAAGCAGUUAGAGUUACAGCUAUGCGCCUGGUCGGAGAACUCAGUGAAUGGAUUGACCGGCAUCCGGAGACAUUACAGGCUGUACUGCAGCAUUUGCUACAAGGACUCCAGGAUCCAGUACUUGCCAGUGAUUCUGCCACAGCUCUUGAGAGCAUCUGUGCUAAGUGCAGGGAACAGAUGACACAACAUUUUACAGGGUUAGUUCAGAUUCUUGAGCAAAUAGACAAGUUUAAUCUUAAACCAGACCCAGCCAAGGGGUUAGUUAAAGGAGCUGCACUUAUUGUCAGUAUAAUGCCAAAAGACCAGCUGGAAGGGGCUGUUGUGAAGGUAUGCGAGCUUCAAGUAAGUCCACUGGUAGCCAUAAUGGACGCUCCAAGAGCCCCUAAACUAGUUAAAAACUCUCCAAGUGAUCCUGUUCUAUACCUGGACCGUCUAGCCGACGUUUUCCGGCAUGUAUCCCCUAGCAACGGUUGUGUUAUCCCCGCCCCUCAUCCUUGUAAAGGCGUGGUUGAAGCUACGUGGCCCGCCCUAUCCCGCUGCUGUGAUCUAUAUGCUGAUGAUGAGAGAAUAACGGAGAGAACUUGUAGAACCAUCAGGUUUGCUGUAAGAUGCCUUGGUAUUCAAUCAGCAGGAUUAUUACAACCUCUUGUAACUCAACUAAUUAGACUUUAUGAGUCUCAUAAUCACAGUUGUUAUCUAUAUCUUGGAUCUAUACUGGUGGAUGAAUAUGCCGGAGAACCAGGAUGUAUUCCAGGUUUACUGCAAAUGGUUCAGGCGUUUAUAGCUCCAACCUACGCUAUUUUAUCUAAACCUGAUGGAUUAAGAAAUCAUCCUGGAACAGUAGACGAUUUCUUCAGAUUAAAUGCUAGAUUUAUGCAACGGGCACCACUAGCUUAUCUUCAGACCGAGUUCUUAAAGAGUAUAGUAGAAUGUGGUUUACUCUCCACUGCCCUGGAGCAUAGAGAAGCUAACGCUAGUGUUAUGAAAUUCUUCUACGAUCUUCUCCGCGCAGGAAGAACAAGAGAGGAACAAGAAGACUAUGAGGCUCGGAAUCACCUGGUGUCAACACUCCAUCAAGAGUACGGUUGCCGACUAGUGAACUCCCUGAUAACAUCAGCUGUUCUUACUCUACCCUCAUAUACAUACACAGAUAUAGGGGAUGUAAUCUACGAGAUGGUUGAGUAUGAUCGUCCUUCAGUUUGCCAUUGGUUAGAAUCCUCACUUAAGAGUUUACCUAACAGCAGUACAACCCCAGCUGUCACUACUAAGCAACUGGUAGAGUUUCAUAAAGCUGUCACAAGUGCUGAGAGUCCUACAGACGUGUCCCACGCUAUCCGAGAGUUUUCCAGACUAUGGAGAUGAAUGCGAAGGAUGAAAAUUAUUAAAUCAAGAUACAUUCAGAGACUUUGGAAUCAAUAUAAUUUGGGCUAUGUACGCAGUGAACGCAUUGUACUGUACACUUUUCAGUGAAAACCAACUAUACCACAUGGUUAACAUGUACAGAGUACACUUUACCAAAAAAUACCAGCAAAACCACACAUUUAACAUGUAUACUACAUAUUGAAGUGUGUGACUUUAAAAUCGAUUGUAUUUGCGGAAAACAUAGGAUCAAUCCAGAUUAUAGAUUGAUAAUGUAACAACGUGACAAUUUGAAUAUCUACAGAAGUUCCUGAUGUAGUUUAAGAUGCACUUUGCUUAAUAUAGGGAAAUUAAUCAAUUUUAACAAUAAUGAAUUAUGCAGGACUUCGUGUUAACUUGUUAUUUGUUAGCCAUUGGUUUAUAGAAGCUUAUGGACCUGAAACCUGUAACAGUUAAUAUAUCAAGAAAUGAUACUGGCUGAAUGAAAACAGAAUGGAACCGGAUCCUGAAACCUGACAGUUUAAACUGUGUCAUAAUAAGAAAUGCCCGGUGUUUCUUUGUUAAUUCUUAUCUGUGUUCAAAAUGUAACCUGAGAAAAGAAAAAAUGUAUAAUUAUACUAAAUCUAUAGUAGAUAAAGCAUGUAAAUAGCAUAGUAUAACUUUCUAGUUGUACAAUCAAGUUGAAAUAUUUUUUUUACAUCUGUUAACUUGUUUUCAG